AUGAUUGAAGACACAUCGUUUCCCGGAUACACCGUCUUCCAGGAGGAAGCGACCGAUGCGACCCCUGAUUUGUCGAAGCAACCUGCUAGACACCCUCUUGACCCGCUAACGAUCGACGAGAUUCGCGUUGCGAGCAAGCUCCUUCGAGGUCAAGCCAAGUUCAACACCCUGAAGUUCAACUGCCUCACGCUUCGAGAGCCGAAGAAGGGCGAAUAUGCUGCGUUUCGAGCGAACAAGGGGCCGCGACCCGAUCGUCGGGCAUUCGCGAUCGUGUUGGAGAAGGGAACGAGCAAGGUCGCGGAAGUCAUUGCCAAUUUGACCAAGCUGCAGGUCGAAUCGUGGAAGCCCGUUGCUGAAGUCGCUCCGACUUUGACGCUCGAGGAUCUCGACAUCACGGAGAAGAUUGCUCGAGAGGAUCCCAGGAUCAUCGAGCUGUGUCGCGAGAUCGGUAUUACGGAUAUGUCCAAAGUCUUCUUUGAUGCUUGGGCGAUCGGGUUCGACCAUCGAUGGGGAUUCGAACGUCGACUCCAGCAAGGGUUACCGUACUACCGUAAGUCCGAGUUGGACAACCAGUACGCGCAUCCUCUGGACUUUUCCGUGGUUGUCGACACGGAGACGGAGGAGAUUCUCGCCAUCGAUGUUCGUCACGUCAACGGGGAACGAACGCAGGUACCCAUGGAGGAACACAACUACCUCCCCGAGUUUAUCAAGGACUCGUACGACCACACUAGAUUGAAGCCGAUUGAUAUCACGCAACCCCAGGGAGUUUCCUUCCAGAUGCGUGGCAACGAGCUGGCGUGGGCAGGCUUCAAGAUGCACAUUGGCUUCAACUACCGAGAGGGCAUCGUCAUCUCCGACGUGCGGGUGCAUGACCAGCAGCAGCAACGCGAACGUACGCUGUUCAACCGAAUCAGUGUGGUUGAGAUGGUUGUCCCUUACGGCAAUCCAAACCCUCCCCAUCACAAGAAGCAUGCUUUUGAUGUGGGAGAAUACGGGACCGGCUUGAUGACGAAUUCGCUCAAACUUGGCUGUGAUUGCAAGGGCGCGAUUCACUACCUGGAUGCCGUUAUGACGACUUCCAAGGGCGAGCCGGCGAUGGUCAAGAACGCGGUGUGCAUCCACGAGGAGGACAACGGUCUACUUUAUAAGCACACCGACUUCCGCGACGGAAAGGUGAUUUCCGCCCGCGACAGGAAGCUCAUUAUCUCGCAGAUCAUCACUGCAGCCAACUACGAGUAUGCGUUUUACCACAUCUUCACGUUGGACGGCACGUACAAGUUGGAAAUCAAGUUGACGGGGAUGCUCAACACGUACUGCAUGCACCCGAGCGAGUCUGCAGCGCCGUACGGCACCGAGGUGGCGCCCAGGCUGGACGCUCAUAACCAUCAACAUAUCUUCUCGCUGAGGGUCGAUCCCGAAAUCGACGGGCCAAGGAAUUCGGUCCUGCAGAGCGACGCGGUGCCAUCGGAUGAGCCGGUUGGAUCGCCACAGAAUCCGCAUGGAAACGGGUUCUACUGCAAGAAGACGCCCCUGCGUACGUCCCAGGAGGGAGCCGCGGUGUACUGCCACGAGACCAGUCGAGCGUGGGAUAUCAUCAACCCGAGUAUCAUGAACCCGUCCGCCAAGAAGCCGGUCGGAUACAAGAUCAUCAACCCGAAUUGUCCGGCUCUGCUUGCGAAACCGGGCAGUAUGGUGUACAAGAGAGCGGCGUUCGCUCGGAAGAGUCUCUGGGUGCUGCCCUACAAGGACUACGAGCUGUUCCCGGCCGGCGACUAUGUCUGCCAAUCGACUGGACAAGAAGCGCAUCCGCAUAACCAGACGAUCCUGGACUGGGUUGGGCGGAACGAAUCGAUCGAGAACACGGAUAUUGUGUGCUACAUUCAAUUCGGGCUCACCCAUUUCCCGCGGACGGAGGACUUCCCGAUCAUGCCGGCGGAGCCGGUGAGCGUGAUGCUGCGCGCAUCAAACUUUUUCCAGAAGAACCCCGGUCUCUGGGUCCCACCGUCCUCGGUCUCUCCUGAUAGGACGUCGAAGGACGCCUUCUGCGCGGAAGGCCAACGUGGAUGCUCGAAAUUGUAG